UUGGCAGUUCCCAUGUGGCCGGGAGUUUUCUGCCCCUUGUAGCUUUCUGUGCCUGUUGCUUUGGCUGUGCUGCCAGAUUUAAGCAAGAGAAAAACGUGUGUGAUAAAAAUUAAUCAGGACUUCUCACUGCAUCGGACAGGGGGACGAGGUGGCAGGGCUCCUCCCUGGUGGCUGGAGCAGCGAUGGACCAGAAUGAAUGCAGUCACUCGGGUAAGAAAGUGACUUCCGGACCACAUACGGAGAACCGACACGCCAGGGGAUCAGAGCUGAGGAUCAUCCUGGUGGGAAGAACGGGAACCGGCAGAAGUGCCACCGGGAACAGCAUCCUUGGGAAGCAGGCGUUUGUGUCACAGCUGCGGCCCCGGACCCUCACUAAGACCUGCAGUGAGCGUCGGGGACGCUGGGGAGACAGAGAGCUGGUCGUUAUUGACACGCCGGACAUGUUUUCUGGGAGGGACCCCUCUGAUGCCCUAUACCAAGAGGUGCAGAGGUGCUACCUGCUCUCAGCCCCGGGACCCCACGUGCUGCUCCUGGUGACGCAAAUGGGCCGAUUCACCACGCAGGACCAGCAGGCUACGCAGAGGAUCAAAGAGAUCUUCGGAGAGGAUGCCAUGAGACAUACGAUUGUCCUCUUCAGCCACAAGGAAGACCUCGCAGGAGGCUCCUUGACGGAUUACAUCCAUGAGACGGAGAACGAAGCCCUAAGCAAGCUGGUGGCAGCGUGUGGGGGGCGAGCGUGUGCCUUCAAUAACCGUGCCGAAGGGAGUGACCGGGGCGACCAAGUGAAGGAGCUAAUGGACUUGAUCGAGGGCCUGGUGAUGGAGAAGAGAGGCGACCACUAUACCAACGGGCUGUACAGUCUCGUCACGGGGUCCGGAAGUGGAGCUGAGGGAUCAGAGGAAAGGUUAAAGGAUUUCAAAGGGAGUCUGAUAAAGUUCAUGGAAGUUCAGAGACGCGGCACCACCACGGCCAAAGAAAAUGGCCUAAAAGGAGCCCUAAUGAAAAUACUAGUGUGUAUUUUAUUUUGUAUUAGGUUCUUUGUCAAAUGGUUAAUUCUGUUAUUUUGUGUAUGGCUCAGGAUAUGCAAUUUCUUUUACUGCUUACUCUGUAGUAUGUGCAAUUUGUUCUGUAGCUUACUGUUAAUUAUACUCAAAAAGUUAAUGAUAAUUUCUGGCAAGGCCAUUGGUCUCAAAUACGACUCCUAAAUUAUAGUUAUGGAUCAGUAACGAUUUAUUCACCUUCAGGCAGUGAGUGAAUUACAGAGCCUCCUUAAAACACGCAGUGCCUGACGCCAGCAUUUGAAACUCUGCAAAAUGUUUAAAUCCUAACAUCGCUCAAUGUAUUAAGGAACCGGAUUAUUUUAAAAGUUACUGUUUGUUUUGAAAUCUAAUAUCAAAACCUUUUGAAAGCUGUAAACAUAAAAUUCCUCCCAUUUGCAAAUGCCUAAAGCCAGUUUUAUAUUCCCGGAGACUCCUUUUAUUCUUCAGAAUACUACUAUUUCUACUGAAUAGAAUGACGAUAAUGUCUACUGAAUAUAAUAAAAUAAUAAUAAUAAGUAAA